AACUGUUAAUAAACAAAUAAUCUUAAUCGACCGUUAUUAGUUUGUUUACAAUAAUUCAGACGGAAAUACGAACACAUACAGGAAGUGGUUAGGCGGAAGUUGUGUGACGUCACUGCAGAACUUUGCUAUUCGCUGCACGACCGUAGCUAGUUAGCUAAAAUAUCUCAAAUAUACAUUGUUUGUUUUAUCAUUAUUAACCAUCACAGUUUGGUGAAGCAGCGACUAACUGCUGCUGUUGAAGAAAUAUUUGUAGUGUUAGAAAGAACGAUAGCAGAAUACGAGGAGGAACUUUCUAGAACAAAAGAGGAGAACGAGCGACAACGUCAACUACUGGACGCUCUUUUCAACAAACAUCAACAAACAGACGUGGGUGAAGCACAGAGAUGGAGCACAUUAAAGAGGAACAGGUGGAGCCACAGCCCCCUCACAUUAAAGAGGAAAAGGCGGAGCUACACGGCCCCCACUUUAAAGAGGAAGAGACAGAACCACAGCCCCCUUACAUUAAAGAGGAAGAGGAGGAUUACAGCGUCAGUCAGGAUGGCGACCGUCUUGAAGGACUGGAGGACCUCCCAGUUAUUUGUGUGGUUGUGAAGAGUGAAGAAGAAGAGGUCAAAGGUGAAAGUGCGGAGAUACCAAGCAGCAGCUCAACUCACCACAUGACAACAGAAGCUGACGUUGGAGGAUCACAAGCAGACUUAGCUCCACUACCAGAGAGUGACGAGACGACGUCUCACUCUGAAGAUGAAGACUCUGGUAGGACGCGUCACACGGACAACACACACUUGAAAUGCUCUCAGUGUGACAAAACUUUUGUUAGCGUGGGAAAUCUGAAGAGACACAUGAGAAGUCACACCGGAGAGAAACCAUUUGUGUGCUCUGUUUGCGGCAAGAGAUUCUCCCAGAAGGUGCAUUGGAGAGCACACAUGGGAACGCACGCCCGAGAGAAACUAUGUUCCUGGCCAGGCUGCAACAAACGUUUGUGCGACAGCUCGGCGUUGGACCGACACAUGAGGACGCACAACAUAGACCAAGCACACUCCUGCUCAGUCUGCGGCAAAUGUUUUAACGAGCGUACAGAAUUGGAUCGACACGUGAGAAGACACGCCGAAGAAAAACCCUUCUCCUGUUCAAUCUGCGGUUUAGGUUGCGAACGAAAUGCCGAUCUGAAAGUCCACCUCAGGUUGCACACUGGGGAAAAACCUUUUCCCUGUACAAUCUGCGGCGUAGGUUUUGCGAGAAACGCGGACUUGACGGUGCACGUGAGGCGACACACCGGUGAAAAACCCUUUUCCUGCUCGGUGUGCGGUUUAGGUUUCGUAAGAAAUGGCUAUUUGAAAAUACACAUGAGGAGACACACCGGAGAAAAACCCUUCUGCUGCUCGAGCUGCGACAAGUGCUUCUGUGACCAGACCAACCUCGUGAAACACAUGAGAACGCACACCGGCGAAAAACCAUAUCCCUGCUCAAGCUGCAACAAAAGCUUUGGUGAACAAAAAUACCUGGUAAAACACAUGAGAAUACACACUGGAGAGAAAGUGUUUAGUUGCGGUGUGUGUGAUGAGAGAUUCUCUUAUAAAUACCAGCUGAACAAACACUCGUGUGUCGCCGACAACAGCAGCACUAAAUGAAGCUGCAGGCUUUCAAAAAACUUUGAUGACUUUGACUUUUAGUUUCUACCAACACCAGCACAUUUAACAAGUGUUAUGUAUUUGUUGCGUAACAAUCUGCUUCAUCAUCUUCUACCGUGUAAAUGCAAUACAAAUUGAA